GCUAUCAGAUGGGCGGGGUCAAAGUUGUUGAUUUUUGUAAGGAAACUGAAAUAGUCACCAAAGUUAUUUUUUUGAAUCAAAUACAACAACCUUGAUAUCACCGAAAGUAUGUCUUUGCUAAGUAGUAAGUCUGAACAAGAAAUAAGCCAGCUGCUGGAUGAAUAUGGAAUCAAGCAUGGGCCUAUUGUCGGCUCCACAAGAGCCCUAUAUGAAAAAAAGUUGAAAGAAGCAAUGACCAAAGACAAGGGCGACAGUAAGGUGAAAUCGUCGCCUGACAAAACCUAUUACAGAGAAGAGGCGGAGGAGGUCACCUAUGUCACCUAUCGAUCUCCAAUACAUGAGGACUCGGGAGACAGGACUUCAUAUAUGAGGUCGCGGCCAGCCUACUCUGAAAGGGAUUUUGUGGAUGAGAAACCUUAUUCAAGAUCAAGUGGAGUGGAGUACAGUGGAAGGGAUUUUUCAAACGAACCCCUUGUGUACGACACUCCAUCAUCGUACAGAAACGUGUCGUAUUCAAAACCAACCGCAGUGAAAUCUGUGGGAGACACUCUGAAGGGAGAGAGUGGCUCUACAAGGCUGAUUCCCCUCUGGGUUCAGAUCCUGGUAUUCCUGCUGGUCGCUGGUUUUCUUUAUCUUGUGUUUACCAACAUGGAGUCAGAUACAAUUGAUCCUUUCAAAAAACUGCAGUGAUCUACUGCAUUCAGGCAUUGGAAUUGAACUAUUUUGUAUCCUAAUUUAAUGAAUGUAUUUCGGGUUAUGCCAUUAUAUUACUCCUGUACUUUGUUGCUUUAAAUAUUGAUAUUUGACAAGUGCGGUUGCAUCGUCCAGUGUUCACAUUUUAGUACAAGCUAUGACAGGUUUCUCUCCAUACAUAGUGUUCCUACGAUUAUAGUACAUACUGUAAUAUUGCACAGCAUUGCAGUUAACAGAAACUGACAGUAAGGUUGUAUUUUUUAUUAAUGUAUGUUGCAUGCAGUUUAUCCAAGUGAAAUUGGUAAAGAAACAAACAACAUCUACAUUAGUGUCCAUUCACAAGCUCUUUUGAUGUAAUGUAAUGCCCAGGUGUUGAAUACAGUUGAGGUCUAAUUUAGUGCCUUAUUAGCAUCCAGUAUUUUUCCUAAGAAACAAUGGUGAUUCAGCCCAUGUACAGGGUGAUGGUUUUGGGAGCUUGCAGUGUCUGAUCAAGGUUUAGUUCUUGCUUUCUUCUCCUUAAUAAGAAAUGCCUAGUAGUCCCCUGCUAUAUAAGGUUCAUGCAAAUUAUUUCCAAUGUACUAUUUUAAUCAGUCACAUCUUUUGUAUCCAUCCAACUUUAAAACGUAUUCAUGUCUUUUUUUAUAUAAAUUCCAAA